CUUGGACUUGGAAGGAUCGAGCUUUUUAGCUUUAGAUAGGUGGUGAUUGGCGUUGCCUCUUACCCCAAUCCUCGAUAGACAGACGCGGGUUUACAUCUGUUCGCGAACUGGCACACGACUAGAAGGGGGCAGUGUGGUCGCCUCUCUGACGUGAGAACACGCCUUUACCCUAAGCCCCGAGCUAUCUACAAGUUGCUUACAAAAAUGAUCUGUAAAUUAUAUUUCACUACCGACGCCACUACAUAGAUAAAAACCCCAAACCCGACCUGACUACAAAAACUAUUUCUAGAGCAUGCCUGAUUCCCGCGCUGCAGAGUUGGAGCAUGUUGAAAGAUUUUUUUUGUUGGAUUUACAGGACCGACGACUUUCCUUGUCUUCGCACCACGGCGUCAGUGGUUUUUUUUUUUAGCUUUAUGAUACUGGUCCUUUCGGCUACUGAACAGCAAAGAAUUACAGCACUACCCCUGCAUCUGAUCAACUCUUGCACACGCCGGGUCAUACAUAGCUAUUCUAGUGCCAUGGGUCUCCACCAUAAACCAUGGGCUUUUUCCUCGUUGCAUAUAAAAUUUUAGAUCUACAGGGGGCGAUAUGGGAGAUCUGGGGCGGUUUCUAAGCCUGCUAAGGCAUACCUACUCACCCGGUCGAGCCUAGCCUCAGUGCGUGUUAGUUAGUGUGAUCGAGGGUGCCUGUGAACAGGCGGUAAGCUAGGUUUUCUUAGGUGGUUCAGACGUACUGAGGCGCUUAUCUAGGUACGUGCUUCCAGCCUGCUGCGGCAGCAGCAGGCGCAACUCCAUCCAGUGCAGGUUUUCGUGGCUGAGCAUCAGCAGCCCCGGCGGUUGUCUUCUUCCCGGGUUGGCGUGAGGAAGGGCAGCACGUGACCGAAGCCCCGCGCCACCCUUCCUCGGUCUGUUAUUAUUUUGAUUGUUGGAUGAAGCAUCGCAUGACCGGGUGAAAAAACGAAAUGGGCACGAAAGCUACUCUAAGACCAUCUUCCCCCCGGAACCCACGUUUAGACAUUGGCCGCGAUGCAAACAGCUACAGCCCACCGCACAGCAAAUAGUCCCGCCUGGUGUAAGAACCUAGGACUCCAGUGCCGGGCAGAUAGACUGCGCCCGAAGAAUCUUCCGAAACAUACAAACAUCUUUUUCCGCUAGUAGCCCAAUGGCAGGCGAUCAUACUCCCACCAGAACCCACAAUAAAUGACCUUGAUCGCUGCCUCAAAAGAUUAUCGCAAGCAUCUAGAAAAAAUUAGUCCCUGAACAUCCAGCCCCCGCCGCAGUCCCCGCACGCUUGUUCAGCUUAUCCGGCCGCUGCCGCCCCUUGCCGCACUUUGCACGGCCUGUCGUUUGUCCAUGUAGUCAUGACCUAUCUCGGGAUCAAGGGCGCAGGGGCAGUACAACUAGCAGUCUGUGCUGCGCACAACAGACGUGCUGUCAUGCCUAUUUCACGAUCAGGCCGGCACCGAUCAUACUACCAGGAGUGUGGGAGGUACGCACGCUCCUGGGGAGUAUGAUCGGUCUGUCGUUGGCGUCGUCCCCUCCGCAUGCUUGGAUGCCGCUACUCGGCGUCGGCGCGCGUGUACAUACCUCCGGGCUGUAAAGAACGGGGCGAUUCGCCGCCGGCAUCCGUGCCUCUCUGGCGCCACCUCGAGCUAGGCCUGGGGCGUCGUCGGUGGAUGGUGGGAAGCUAUGCUACUGCUAAACCGAACUGGUGGAGGCUGGCGUUCUAGUGUCGGUCGGGUGGCAGUAGCAGUCCGCCCUGUCCGUGGUUGCACCGGGGAAGAAGUUUCCGUAUUCAGUGCCGGGGAAGAUGUUCUUGUUUCCGCCGUGCCAUCGGUUGUCGCCACGGGGACGGAGAUCUUAGUAAUGUGCUCCGGCUUGCCGUUGCAGGGUGCGCCUAGGCGUGCGUCUCUUCCAGCUUGGCCACGCGCAAAUUCGGUCGCCAGAGGGUUCCGUGGCGUGCUACUCCAUCGCUUUUUCCUUGUUUUGUUAGCUGUGGCCCGUAAGUGGUCGCGGUGGGCCGCUACGUAA